CAACAACCGGUUCAACUUUGCCUAUUGUGAAUAGUCGCAUAAAACGUCAACUUAUGAUUAUGAUCGACGAUUCGGAUCUAAUGCCUUUGGCACGUGCAUCCUUCAGCCAAUGACAGCUUCAAGAUGUUCGUGAAUCGCACGGGCCCAAACGAUGUCGAUGAUACGUGAAGCGUUCAAACGUCUCGGGAGGAGCGCUUACGUUCAGAAGCUUCGACACGUCCGUCGUCAGGCAUUCAGCGAAAGGUACCUUCUCUUUACAAAUGUUACAAUUUCCCUGACACUUUCGUCGGUGGGUGAUAUACUCGAGCAACAGUACGAACGAUACGCUGGCUACCUGGACAAAUGGGAUCGGAAGCGAACUGUGAAUAUGGCCAUUUCAGGUGUGACGGUUGGUGUGAUUUGCCAUCACUGGUACAAGUUCCUAGACCAACGAAUGCCCGGCCGAACGAUUAAGAUUGUCCUUCAAAAGGUUGUUCUCGAUCAGCUCAUUUGCUCCCCAUUUUAUAUAUCAAUGUUCUUCGUAACGCUCGGAAUAUUGGAAAAUCAAUCAAAGGAUGAAAUCAUAGCGGAAAUCAAGAACAAGGCUUGGAGACUCUAUGCGGCAGAAUGGACCGUAUGGCCACCAGCGCAAAUAAUCAAUUUCUACUUUCUUCCAAAUCGCUAUCGAGUAUUUUACGAUAAUUUAAUAUCCCUAGGAUAUGACGUGUUCACGUCGAAAGUGAAAUAUCAGAAACCCUGAUGCCGAACCAAGUACAAAAGGAGUGAGGCCGUGUGACGAUAAAAAAGCGGCCUGGGGCCGUCAAUGACGCUAAUAGUUUUAAGUAGAAAAUUUUAAUUAACUCUGUCACGAACGAAGAAAUUAAUAUUGUAUUGCUGUCUGCAGUAUUGUACUUGAAAUGUUCUAUUGACGAAAGGAGUGCAGGUCCUUUGACAGAAACAUUGUGAUAGUAGUUUGACGUAGCAUCUUCAGGUAGAACAAAAUGAAUCUGUUUGAAUUAUGGAAGACUAAAAAUUUCAAAUAAUGUUCAGACAUUCACUUAACAAGUGUCCUUAGAAUGUUGUAAUUUUCUCUCAAAAUGAUUAAUUACCACUGGUAUCUGUAUAUAAAGUUUUGGAGCAAGCAAAAA